CAAUCCUUGUGUCUUAUCCUCCUUCUUCUUCUUUAAAACUUCGUCGGUUUACGCAUUUCUCUUUCGGCUUUAUAUCUCAAUCAUGAAGUACGGCAGCGAACUCCAGGAUAACGUUUUUGCUCCAUGGAGACUAUCCUACAUUGCAUACGAUGUGCUGAAAAUGGAAUUAAAAACUCGUCAACUCGACCAUCAGUGGAAUGAUGCAGACGAAGCUGAUUUCGUAGAGUUGCUGCAUAAUGAAUUGAACAAGGUUUACGACUUCGUUACCGCCAAACUGAGGGAAGUCGAAGCUCGUAUCACCUACUGUGAGAGAACCAUCGGUACUUUUCAGAAGAACCCCACUAUGUCAUCUGAAGCCAAUUGGGGCAUCAUGGAUGAUGCACUGACCGAGGUUUUAUUCGAUGUAAAUGACUUGGCUAAAUUCACACGAGUCAAUUAUAUCGGGUUUCAGAAGAUUUUGAAGAAGCACGACAAGUGGACCAACCGAAGCCUGCAACAUAGCUUUGUUGAAGCUCUACGAUCAAAGCCGUUGGAUAAACAGCGUUUCGAUGUUGCCAUUGUCUACAUUUCUUCAUUGCACGAUCUUUGCCGUCUGCGCGGUCAGCCACGGAAUGGAAACUCUGCAGCCGGUGGCGAUCAAAACGCUUUCGAAAGAGCGACUUCAAAGUAUUGGAUCCAUCCAGAUAAUGUCACAGAAGUCAAGGCAAUCAUUAUGUUACAUCUUCCUGUACUGGUCUUCAAUCAGAACAAGAAAUAUGAAGAAAGUGAUUCCGCUAUCUCUAGUGUAUACUACGAUAACUAUGACUUUGAUCUAUACACUGGAAGACUACAACGGGAUGAAGGCGCCGAAGCCAUCCGUUUUAGAUGGUAUGGCCCAUACGAGUCCCCAAACAUAUUUAUCGAGCGAAAGACACAUCACGCAGAAUGGUUGAACGGAGCUUCCGUGAAAGACCGAUUCCCAUUGAAGGAGGACAAAGUCAAUAGCUAUGUUGCUGGAGAAUAUACUCCGGAGCAGAUUGUCGAGCAGAUGAGAGCCAAAGGCACAGCCGAUGAAGACACUAUAAACAGCGUCAACUUUAUCUCCACCGGAAUUCAAACUUCUUUCAAAGAAAAAAAUUUGACUCCCAUUUGUCGUAUCUUUUACAACCGUACCGCCUUCCAACUUCCUGGUGACCAAAAACUACGUAUUUCACUAGACUCAGACAUGACUUAUAUCCGUGAAGACGAUCUUGACGGCGUAAAAAGACGAGACAAUAAUAACUGGCGACGCACCGAUGCCCAUAUUGAUUACCCGUUCAGCCAUUUGCCAAAAAAGGAUGUAUACCGAUUCCCUUACGCUGUGUUGGAAACCAAGUUGCAAACCCAUCUUGGACAAGAACCCCCACAAUGGCUUACUACUUUGUUGGAUUCACAUCUUGUUCAUGAGGUACCUCGUUUCUCCAAAUAUCUCCAUGGCGCAUCCUUCUUCUAUGGAGAGCGAUUGCCACUUCUUCCUUGGUGGCUUUCCGAAAUGAACACGGAUAUUCGCAAGCCAAGAUCUAUGAAUGCUGGCUUAUCCCGUUCCAAGAGUUUCAAGCCUUUGAUUGACGGGCAGUAUCGUCAUGCCAUGGAAGAGGAGGAGCGUCGCAUGGAGCGUCAAGAGCGUACAGCCAAGUCUGUGGCUGCCAGCGAUGGAUCCAGUCUAGCUGGCAGUACAGUGCAUUCGCAAAUAGCCGGCCCUCCAUCUAUUACCAUCCAACCCGCUGGUAACGUUGAUGCUUCCAAAGCCAAGUCGUCUAAAAAGGCAAAAAGCGGAGGAGACAACCUGUCUAGCACUUAUUCACCUUCCAUUGGAAAUAAUGAAAAGGGUGUGAUGUAUCGCGGAGGAGCUGUAUCGCCUAUAGAAAUCGAACCCGUAGGAGAAGCUGUAGCCAUUGACAUCGUUGAAGAAGAUGGAAAUGGAAAAGACAAGGGCCCAGUCAAAAGGAGAGUCAAGGUCAAGGUCGAGCCCAAGGUUUUCUUCGCUAAUGAACGUACAUUCAUUUCAUGGUUGCAAUUCUGCGCUUUGCUACUUACUGUUGCUCUCAAUCUCCUCAACUUUGGUGACUUCGUAUCCAGAAUUAGCGGAGCUCUUUUUAUUUGUAUAGCUGGUGUCAUGUCCAUAUAUGCGUUGUAUCGCUUCGAACGCAGAGCUUGGAUGAUCAAUCGCCAACAUACCGGCCGUUACGACGAUAUCUGGGGACCUGCCGUCCUCUGUGUCUUCUUGGUGGCAGCAUUGAUCGUCAAUUUCUACCUCAGAUUCCGAUGAUAGCAUCGAGACCCACCUCGAAAUCUUUUUGGCAUACGUUUUCUUUCUUUAUAAUUUUGUUUACCAUCUACACAUCACCCUAUAUUUAGGACAUUAUCUUCUUUUGCUUCUGUCCUUCAUCAUGUCACAAAAUCCAAUUCCCCACACGCAUUUUUUGUACAUCCAAUUCUAAAAAGUAUAAUAGCCGAGAUGAUUUAUAAACAGUAUCGGACAACAUGCAUUGUUCUCAGUUGAAAAACUUCCGAUACAUAGUGAUGAUACAUUGAGUGAUGAUUGAAUCCGUG